CUAUUUGAUACAUACGGUGAAAUAUGGGGGAAAAUCAUGAAAAUUUCACUGCCCAAAAUGUGUACAAAAAGGAGCCGAGCUGCUGCUAUGAUAUCAAAACACUAUGGCAGAAGAAUUGAAACUUUUCAGAACAUGGUCAAGUGUUUUUGCUCUGAGGAUUGUUUGGGCUCUCAAAAUCAAAGGCGUGGAGUAUGAAACCAUAUUUGAAGAUCUCUCCAACAAGAGCCCUUCACUUCUCCAGUAUAAUCCUGUCCACAAAAAGGUUCCAGUUCUUGUACACAAUGGAAAACCCAUCGCUGAAUCGCUUGUCAUUCUUGAAUACAUCGAUGAGACAUGGAGGGAAACUCCCUUGUUGCCUGAAGACCCUUACGAGAGAGCCAUGGCUCGCUUCUGGGCCAAAUUUGGUGACGAUAAGGUUUUGACAUCAAUAUUUUGGGGUGUCUUCCUCAAGGAAGGGAAAGAGCAGGAGGAAGCUAUGGUUGAAGCCAUGGAGCAUCUCCAGUUCUUGGAAGACGAGCUGAAGGGGAAGACGUUCUUUGGGGGAGAGAGGAUCGGGUUUGUUGAUCUUGCCUUGGGAUGGCUUGCUAACAUGAUCAGCAUAUUUGAAGAGGUAGCUGGCCUGAAAAUGGUGGAUGAGGAUAAGUUUCCAUUGCUGGCGGCGUGGAUGCAAGAGUUUGCAGAUUCUCCCAUAAUCAAAGACAACUGGCCACCUCGAGACAAGCUGAUUGCCAAGUUCCAGGCCCUUCGUGAUGCCAAACUUGCAGCAGCAGCAUCUAAAUGAACCGCCUCACCACGCCUAAAACAACCAUUUGGAGUUCCUGAAAUACCAUAAAUAAGAAUCAAUUAAUUUCUGAUGUGUCAUGAUUCAAAUCAAUAUGUGUCUGUCUGCAACUGAAAUUAAAUUUUUGAUACAAAAUACUCAGAGUAUUGUGUUGAA